UUCAUUUGUUACAUUAAUUGCGCUCCAUACAUGCGAGCUAGUAUUAUCUCCCUUUUUUGUUAUGCACCACGUGCCAGAAAACUGAAUAAGAAGCUUUCCAUUUUGAAGCUUGUGGGCCACUACAAUCUUUUUACCUGCUUUAUUCAAUAAACCAUGAAACGAAUAAACUGGUUGAAACUUUCUGUAUCAGAGACAGAACAGUAAAAAGAUUGUAACGACUUGGACAAGGAGAUUCACAUUUUGGCGUCUACGACGAAACGGCGUUCAUCGAUAAUUGGAUCUGAUGUCUUAUACAAGUCUAACAAUGGAACAAGGCUCGGAACUUGAAGACCCUCAGUCACGAAUAAGGACUCUGACCGAAAAGGGAGCAGAGGGAUUCUCAAAGCGUAGCGAUGAUUAUACUACUCACAUAAACGCUCAAUGGGCAGCUGUCGAGAACCUAAUUUCAACAUACAGCUCUACCAUCACAAACUUAGAAUAUUUAGACAAAUUUGAAGGUGACCUUUCAAAAGCUUAUGCAGAUUUUUGUUCAACAUCUGCUGAUUUUGCAGCAUUUCUUACAAGGACAAGAACAGAAGAUAGCAUUCAAGAGCUUCAGAAACAUUCAGCAUUUAUGCAAAAAUGCAAAGAACUUGUGAAUUCAGUGAUCGAUAAAAUAUCUGAAGUGCGCGGAGUAGCUCUUGAAAAUGCUUCACGUCGGUCAAAGAUAUCGCAAUUAAAACUCACACAUAUAUCCAGUUCCUCUUCACAACUGGCACGCUCAAAGGCAAAGGCGGAAGCAGCUAAAGCUCGGUUAGACUAUGUUCAACAAGAGACAUCCCUACUGAAACAACAGGCAGCUAUUGCUGAACAGGAAGAGAUAUCUCGUGCAGCGGCCAUGAGGAAACAGAAAGAGCUUGAAGCGGAACUGAAACUCUUGAACACUAAACAGGAAGUGGCAGCAACCAAGGCUGAAGCAGAAGCACUAGAGAAUGAAGAGGCUGAUGGAAAACCCACAAUGCAGAAUAUAGAAAGGUUGAAUGCACUUAUCGAUCCUAUAGAGCGUACGACACAAUAUAUCAACGAACAAUCGGCUAUUAACCAAAAAGAUAAGGAAAAGCCACAAGUUGAUUUCAAUUCAAAUGUGCAAACAUUCCCUUUGAUACAGCCUCAUACUCAAGUGGAUGCAUUUAUCAGUCCUGUGGAGCAAACAAUCCCUCACAUCAAUGUACAGUCGAACAAUAACCAAACUGAAAAAAUGAAAUCAGAAGUCAACUUCAAUUCGAAUGUUCAGACUUUUCCCAUAAGCCAGCCUUAUACUCAAAACACUGAAAGUGUCAUGCCAAACAGACCCGAUCAAGUUCAAGACUUUACUAAGUUUCUUCUGAAGAAAGACCUGCUAAUAUCUCGUCUCACUCGAUUCGAUGAUCAACCACAGACAUUCAUAUUCUGGAAAGCACAGUUCGAAGAAAUAAUGAAGGAACUCGAGGCGACAAACACUGAGGAACUCGACCUUCUUACAAAGUGGUUAGGACCAACUUCAUCAAAGUACGCUGCAAGCAUUAGAUCGUCAAACGUUUCAAAUCCAGCUGAAGCCCUAAGAAAAAUUUGGGAGCGUCUUAAUGAACGAUAUGGCAGCCCUGAACUAUUGGAGUCCAUGUUGAUGUCUAAACUAUCAGUUUUCCCAAAACUCACUAACAGAGACAAUGUGAAACUAUAUGACUUGCUAGACUUAAUCUCAGAAAUUGAAUCCCUUAUGGCAAAUCCAAAGUACACAACUUUAUUGAGCCAUUUCAAUGCUUCAUCAGGUUUAGCGCCAAUACUUGGUAAGCUUCCACAUAACAUACAAGAGAAGUGGACUUCCUAUGCUUACAAGUACAAAAAGCAACACAACACUGUCUUCCCUCCCUUCUCUUGCUUUGUGGAGUUCAUGCAAGACAUCAGCAAAAUGAAAAAUGAUCCGGGGUUCAUGUACAACAGUGAAACUACAUAUUCAAGCACAACAAAGGAGAAAGCUGGUCCGAGAUCCAAUCUGGGGAAACAAUGGAUAGCAACAAAGAAAACUGAAGUUAGACAGAAUUCAGAAAACAUGAAGUCCACCUCCAUGUGUCCUCUCCACAAGGCCAAUCAUAGUCUUAAUGAUUGUCGUGGCUUCAAAGACAAAUCAUAUGAGGAGCGGAAACGAUUUCUGCGAGAGAACAAACUUUGCUUUAAAUGUUGCAAUUCUGAUCAACACAAGUCCCGAGAAUGCACAGAACUUAUUCACUGCAAUCAGUGCGGUAGCAGUUCGCAUCCGUCAGCACUUCAUAUUGGAACACCCGUGAGCCGUUAUGGUGGGGAGAAGACUGGCGAAAAUUCCGCAACAUCCGCAUGUACCCAGAUAUGUAAAGAUGGAUUCUCAGGGAAGUCAUGUGCUAAAGUGAUUUUGGUAAACGUACACCAAGCCAGAAAUCCAAGCAAGUCGCUGAAAGCAUACGCAAUCAUAGACGACCAAAGCAAUAGAUCCUUGGUGAAGUCUGAAGUUUUUGAUCGUCUCAAUAUGGAUAGUGUAAUGACAGACUACCAGUUAACUUCCUGUGCAGGAGUCACUGACAUGCUUGGCAGACAAGCUCGAGACCUUAUUGUUUCAUCGCUGGACGGAUCGACAUCUAUCAAUAUACCCAAUAUCAUAGAAUGUAACCAGAUCCCCGAUAUCCGAAAUGAGAUACCUACACCGGAUGUAGCGAGAUCAUACACUCAUCUUCAAGACAUCGCUGACAACAUACCUGAAGUUGAUGAAAACAUUCCGAUUCUCCUCUUGAUUGGUCGUGAUACACCAGAAGCACAUCACGUAGAAGAGCAGCGCACAGGUGCGAGGAACUCACCAUUCGGACAGAAACUUACCUUAGGUUGGGUGAUUGUCGGCGAAUCCUGUCUGAACAAAGUACACCGUCCUAACUCUGUCGUGGUAAACAAAACUUACCUUUUACCAAAUGGGAGGUCGUCAAUAUUCCAACCAUGUCCAAACGACAUACACAUAGAAGUUCAGAAUAAAGAUAUCAGUUUCUUGCCUCAGGAUCUGGAUACAUCUAUAUUCAUGAAACAGAAGGAUGAUGACACAAUCGGUCUCUCAGUUGAUGACAAAGAUUUCAUGAGGACCAUGGAUGAAGACGUUCAUCUCACUGCGGAAGGAAAUUGGGAAGCUCCUUUGCCGUUUAGAGAAAAUCGACAACGACUUCCAAAUAACAGAUCGUAUGCACUGAAGCGAGCGCACAGUCUGGAUAAUAGUCUUCGAAAGGAUCAAACGAAACGAGAACAUUUUAUGACAUUCAUGAAAAAGAUAUUCGACUGCAACCAUGCGGAAAUUGCACCACAACUCAUGAAAGAAGAAGAAUGUUGGUACUUACCAAUAUUUGGGGUGUACCAUCCUAAAAAGCCAUCCCAAAUUAGAGCUGUGUUCGACUCAUCUGCCAAAUAUCAGAGUAUUUCCUUGAAUGACGUUCUUCUUUCUGGUCCGGACCUGAACAACAACCUGUUAGGUGUACUUUUACGCUUUCGAAAAGAACCAAUAGCUGUAACAGCUGAUAUAGAAUCUAUGUUUCACUGUUUCCUAGUUGAUAAGAAGCACAGGAACUUCCUCCGCUUCUUCUGGUACAAAGACAACGACAUUAACAAUGAGUUGAUAGAGUACCGUAUGCGAGUACACGUUUUUGGGAACUCACCUUCACCGGCUGUAGCUGUAUACUGUCUUCGCAAGGCCGCUUGUGCCAAGGAAGACGACUAUGGAUGUGAUGUCGUAGAUUUCGUCAGACGAAACUUCUACGUAGAUGACGGAUUAAUUUCUCUAUCGACUCCUGACGAAGCGGUCAGUUUGCUCAAAAGAACUCAAGCUGCUCUUAGAGAGGGUGGUAAUCUACGUUUGCAUAAAGUUGCAUCUAACGACAAGCAUGUUAUGGAUGCCUUUCCGUUUGAAGAUAGAGCAAAGGACUUCAAAGAUAUCGAUCUUAGCGUUGACAAACUUCCUAUGCAGAGAAGCUUAGGGUUGAACUGGGAGCUUGAGUCUGACUCAUUCACAUAUCGUUUGUCAAAGGAAGAAAGACCUUUCAGUAAGCGGGGACUAUUGUCGACUAUUAAUGGCAUCUUUGAUCCCAUUGGAUUUGUUGCACCAGUAGUAGUUUCUGGGAAAAUCUUGAUGAGAGAGACUUUGAGAGGUUCGUACAACUGGGACGAUCCCCUUCCUGUUCAUCUCUUGGACAAGUGGUCAAACUGGAAGAACUCUCUGAGAUUCCUUGAAGAUGUACAUAUACCAAGGACAUACACACCCUCUUCUCUAUCAAAAACCCUCUGCAAAGAGCUCCAUAUUUUCUCAGAUGCUUCGGAGGCUGCCAUUGCCUCAGUAGCAUACUUGCGCACAGUCGACGACUCGAACAACAUCCACGUGGGAUUCAUUUUAGGAAAAUGUAAACUUGCGCCAACAAGUGGUCAUUCUGUACCGCGCUUGGAGCUCUGCGCAGCAGUGAUGUCCGUCCAGUUAUAUGACAUCAUCAGUGAAGAACUGGACAUGAAGUUUAACACCGUUAGGUUUUACACAGACAGUAUGGUGGUGUUGGGUUAUAUCAAUAACAAAGGCAAAAGAUUUUUCAAGUAUGUUGAAAACCGAGUGGAAAGAAUCAGGAAAUCAACAACACCCAAGCAGUGGAGUUAUGUCCCAACAAAAUCCAACCCAGCAGAUGCGGGCACGAGAAACCUUACUGCGGAAGUCAUUAAUGACAACAUAUGGAUUCGAGGACCACCUCAACUCAAGGAACCUUUGGAGGAGGAUCUGAACACUGAUUACAGUCUUUUUGAACCAGAAAAUGACCCUGAGAUUCGUAAGGAAGAAGAGGUUAAAACCCUGAAAACAGCAGUUGACGGAAAAAAGGACCAAUCUGCGACUUUUUGUAUAACUCACAGAUCAGAGAGGUUCUCCAGGUGGAAGGUGUUUGUGAAAUCUAUAGACUGUUUAAGGUCUAUAUCUAGGAAGUUCCAUCACUCCUUGGAUAUUCAAGCCUCACCAACAUCAGAAGAACUGAUCAUACGUAUGGUUCAACAUGAAGUUUUUGCACAGGAGAUAAUGUGCUUGCAAUCACGGAAGUCAUUACCAAGAAAUAGCAGUCUCAUCGCAUUAAAUCCAAUAAUCGAUGAAAAAGGUUUACUACGGGUAGGAGGUCGUUUGAAAAGAGGAUACCUGAGUAUCAAUGAGAGGCACCCACUUAUCAUCCCAAAGAAUCAUCAUGUGGCUAUACUGCUUGUACGACAUUUCCAUGAAGCAGUAAAACACCAAGGUAGACAUUUCACGGCCGGAGCCCUGCAAUCUGCAGGGUAUUGGAUCAUUGGAGGAAAGCGUCUGAUAUCCUCUCUGCUACACAAAUGCAUAAAGUGUCGGCGUCUACGCGGCAAAUACCAAUGUCAACUGAUGUCCGACUUACCUGCAGACAGACUACAGCCAAGUCCUCCUUUCACCUUCAUUGGGCUAGACACUUUUGGACCAUGGAGCAUUGUGACUCGUAAAACAAGAGGAGGAGCCUCCAACAGCAAGCGUUGGGCCGUUCUCUUUACUUGCCUUUACACUAGAGCUAUCCACAUAGAGGUGAUCGAGGAAUUAUCAUCAUCCUCUUUCAUCAACUGUUUGCGAAGAUUCAUCUCUCUCAGGGGCAAUGUGAAGGAAAUCCGCUCUGACCGGGGAUCCAAUUUUGUGGGAGCAACUGAAGACCUUGAUGUCAACGUCAUUAACGUGGAAGACAAUCCUGUUCGAGAAUUUCUGUACGACCAGAAGGUGACGUGGAUUUUCAACCCCCCACAUUCCUCCCACAUGGGUGGAGUGUGGGAGCGGAUGAUUGGCAUUGCGAGGAGAAUACUCGACUCUAUGCUUAUGGACUUACAUUCAAGACAUCUCACUCAUGAGGUAUUGACUACUCUAAUGGCUGAAGUAUGUGCCAUCGUGAAUUCUAGGCCAAUUGCACCUGUGUGUUCUGACCCUGAAUCUCCAGUGAUCCUCAGCCCAAACAUGUUACUUACUCAAAAGUCGGGAGAAAUUUCAACAAACUUUGUACGGCAAGAUAUCAAGGAUUUGUACAAAGCACAAUGGCGGUGCGUUCAGCACUUGGCAAAUAUUUUCUGGGUUCGUUGGAAGAGGGAAUAUUUACAAACGCUCCAAUCGAGGACCAAAUGGCAGUCCGUGGUUCCAGAUCUAUGUGUUGGAGACAUUGUACUUCUUAAAGACCUGACAACUGCACGGAUCGAGUGGCCGAUUGGAAUCAUUACCAAUGCUAUAAAGAGUGUCGAUGGCCGGGUCCGCAAAGUCGAAGUCAAGGUAUCAAGAGAUGGGAAACCAAUUGUAUACACGAGACCCAUAUCAGACACUAUUCUCUUAAUACAUGACGAGUGACAUUCUCAUGUUGUACUGCAAUCCACUUAGUUGCCAAAUGUGUUCAUUGUAAUCAUUUGUUUGAAUAUGAUAUUAUAAUAUAUUUCAAGAAGAAAUAUGUCACUAUACGGUUUAAUGUAUUAUUAUUGUUUAAAUGUAUAAGAUAAUAGUGAUAUUUUCAAUAUCAGGUGGGGAGUGUAGUGGAAUUCAUUUGUUACAUUAAUUGCGCUCCAUACAUGCGAGCUAGUAUUAUCUCCCUUUUUUGUUAUGCACCACGUGCCAGAAAACUGAAUAAGAAGCUUUCCAUUUUGAAGCUUGUGGGCCACUACAAUGUAUGUUUUUGUUGUUUUAUAUGUGCUACUAAAAUGUUUAAGCUUAUGAAUACCUUAUAUGAUAGUUUUUUCUUUGUAAACUUUACUUAUCAAGAAAUUAGCGGUCAGCAAUGAUGUCAAUAUAUUAUUUGGAUAUAGUCUUUCCUUGUGCAGUUUUGAGUAUUGUUCUCAUAUAUUUCACUAUAUUACACUGUCAGAAUGUUAAGAAUUACAUAUAUUUCAAAGUAAAUGUAGGAUUUAUCAGUUUCCCUAGUCCAAGUAUUUUCCAAAUUUUUUAUGUAUGGAACGCCAUUCUUGUCUUCAACAGUACACGUGUGAAUUUAUAAGACAAUUGUUUAAAUGUGAUUUUUGUUCUUUUGUAGCUUUUUACCUGCUUUAUUCAAUAAACCAUGAAACGAAUAAACUGGUUGAAACUUUCUGUAUCAGAGA